CCAACAUCAUCACACAAGCAAGGAGAUGCAAAGUUGGAUCUCAGAAAAAGCUCGAAAGGAAGUGAUGUCUGCUAUCUGCAAAUUCUUUUGUCAUGCGGGGAUCACUUCCAAUGCAGCAAACUCCCCAUAUUUUCACAAAAUGCUGCAGUUGGUUGGCCAGUAUGGCAAGAUCUGCAAGGCCCUUCAAGCCAGUUGAUAUCUGGUUGGUUUCUUCUGGAUGAGACUGUAACCUUUAAAGAGCAUUUAGCAGAUUUGAGGCGUCUUGGGAAAGUACUGGCUGUUCUAUAAUGGCAGAUAGUUGGAAUGAUCUCCAGGAUAGGACUUUGAUAAUUUUUUUGGUUUCUUGUCCUCGAGGUGUCUAUUUUGUUUCUUCCUUUGAUGUGACUGAAAUUAAAGAAGAUGCUGCAAGCCUUUUCCAGUUGUUGGAGAAAGUGGUGGAUGAAGUUGGUGAACGAAAUGUUGUUCAGAUAAUCAUCAAGAACACAGCCAGUUUCAAGACUGCUGGGAAGAUGCUCAAAGAGAAAAGGAAAAAUUUGUUUUGGACUCCAUGUGCUGCACAUUCCAUUGAUAGAAUGCUUGAGGAUUUCCUGAAAGUAGAAGCUGACACUGGAAAAAGAAUUUCUGCAUCUAUGCAGAUUUCCUGAUUUUGUAUCUGCUAAAGCUGAUUUCGGAACUGAUUUAGCCAUAAGUACUAGAAUGGAGCUCUUCUCUUGAAUGUGAACAUAGUUGGAGCACAUAUGAUCAUGUUCAUGGUAAAAGGCAUAAUUUGUGUCUCGAAAGAAAUCGAAUGAGCUUACCUAUGUUCACUGCAAUUUGCGAUUACAAGAACUGCAAUUGGAAAGAGAGCCUGGUGAUUUGGUCUCCUUUAACAGUUUUAUGAUGGAAAAUAUCGUGGAUGGCUGGCUUGUAGAGGCAGAGAAACUGUCAUGAAAGAAGAUGAGGUACUUCUGUCUUUACAUGCCUUUGGCAAGAACAGUGUCAUCGGAUGAUGUACUUGAAUCAGUGGAGGUUAAUCCUUCUGCUGGAGUAACCACUGAUGAUGACGGUCUUGAUUUUCUAAGUGAUGGUCUUUAUGUGGUCUUCAAAGCUGGAGUUAGCACUGACAUAUAUGAAAUAAUAUCAAUAAGGGAAAGCAAUUUGUUAUUACUCAAGAAUCAAGAUCAGGUUUCAUCUUGUAUUUUGUGCAGCAUGUGAAUUUUAAAGCAUUCAUAUCUUGGUAAGUGCUAGCUGAUCUAGACUCCAGAGUAUCAUAGUUUUGGUAUUCUUUGCUUGCAUUUAUUCGUCUUUUAUUUCAUUACUAGCAGUACUGUGUACAACCACACGGUGUAUCUACUUCACAUUGCUUAUAGAUUGUUCAAUUCUUUUGAUUUCUGCAGCAUACAUAACCUCGAUUCAUAUAUUAUUUGAUGCUAUUGAUAAUAUUGUCUCUAUUUAUUGACAAUGUAUUUUCCUCUCC